AUGGCCUCCGUCUCGGAGCUCGCUUGCAUCUACUCUGCCUUCAUUCUGCAUGACGAUGAGGUGAUGGUCACGGCUUUGGCCAAUGUCAACAUCAGGAGCCUCAUCUGCAAUGUGGGGGCUGGCGGACCUGCUUUGGCAGCUGGACCAGCAGGAGGUUCUGCCUCAUCCACCAUUGCUGCCCCAGCUGAGGAGAGGAAAGUAGAAGCAAAGAGAAGAAUCUGGAGAGUAUGA